GCGCGCGCGGCCCCUUUAAGCGCGCGGGGCGGCCGGUGCGGGCCGGGCGGCGGCGGGGAGCCGGGAACCGGGAGCCGGGAGCCGGCGGCGGCGGCUCCCCGGGGGCUGCAUGGCGGCCGCGGACGGGCUCCAGUUCCCAGAGUUCGCCGACGCGGCCAGCCUGCUGGCAGCGAACCCCGACGCUACCACCGUCAGCAUCGAGGAGCCGGCCGAGGGCCCCAGGAGCCAGCGUGGCCGUCCGCAGGAGCCGGGCAGGGAGGAGGACGACGAGCUGCUGGGCACCGAUGACUCCGAUAAAGCGGAGCUGCUUGCGGGACAGAAGAAAAGUGCCCCGUUCUGGACGUUUGAGUACUACCAGACAUUCUUCGAUGUGGACACUUACCAGGUCCUGGACCGAAUCAAGGGUUCUGUUUUCCCCGUACCAGGGAGGAACUUUGUAAGGCUGUAUAUCCGUAGCAAUCCUGACCUCUACGGUCCCUUUUGGAUAUGCACCACGCUUGUCUUUGCCAUUGCUGUUAGUGGCAAUCUCUCAAACUUCUUCAUCCACCUGGGCAAGCCGACGUACCACUACGUGCCCGAGUUCAGAAAAGUGUCCAUAGCCGCAACAACAAUUUUUGCAUACGCUUGGCUUGUUCCCCUUGCUCUCUGGGGAUUUCUGAUGUGGAGGAACAGUAAAGUUAUGAACAUCGUCUCGUACUCGUUCCUGGAGAUAGUGUGUGUAUAUGGCUACUCCCUCUUCGUUUAUAUUCCCACAGCGAUUUUAUGGAUUAUUCCACAAAAAGUGGUGCGCUGGGUCCUGGUGAUGUUCUCCCUGUGCCUUUCGGGGUCUGUCUUGGUGAUGACCUUCUGGCCUGCCGUCAGAGAUGACAACCGGAGGAUUGCGCUGGCGACUGUGGGGACCAUUGUUCUGCUCCACGCCCUGCUGUCCUUCGGCUGUUUGGCUUACUUCUUUGAUGCCCCUGAAGUGGAUUUUCCUGCACCUAUUGUCCCUGCUCACAAUGGAACAACACUAAUAAAAUCUCAGUAAAUAAGAAGUAAGUAGUGUUUCCCCCUUGAUGUCUGUGACACGGUAUUUCGGAGCAGCAGCUGUGCGUAUGGGGACAUCCGUGUGCUCUCUGCGCAGGGCUGACGCAGUGCCUGAGCCAUCCAUCCGGACUGCGUUCCUCCUGUGGGAUGGUUUCAGCCUCAGCUCCCUGCCAGCCGGGAGCGCUGCCAGAGGCAGGCGGCGGGAGGAUCCUGGGGGAAGGAGGCGACGGGGAGCGAGUCCGGGAGACGAGCAAAGGCCAGGCCUCCGCGAGCACACCAUCCAGAAGCAUAUAUGUGAAAAACCAGAAUAUUUCCUAAGUAGAAGUUAUGUUAGAUUUAAAUAUAUAUAUCUAUGCCAGGCGAAAAUGAUCAUUAAAAGCUGUGACACGA